GCUUCACGUCAAGUCGACAUUGAGAGGAUAUUGAGGCCGCUUGCAUGCUGCCAAGCACCUUGCUACCUCAACCCUGUGCUACAUGACGAGUUUCUGGCUAAUAUGACGUUGAGUGAAGCGUUUUCAGAGUGCCAGAGAGAGCACAUGGGUUGUGUUACUCAAAGGUUUCCAUAACAACUGGUAACCAGUUAUAGUCGGUCACUUUGACUUAUGUUUACCAUGUACCAGCCUCAAUAUUAGACCAGUCCAUUGUUGCCUAGUGGGGGAGUUCCUCUUUCUUACCUACCACUACCCCUGUAAUUCAUACAUACCGACGGUUCGCACAGUGUUGUUAUAUCUCCCCUUAUCUGUAACGUCGAUAGUGAAUAGUGUGAAGAGUUUGAUGAGUGGUAAUGGGAGGAGGUGGUAAGGUUGGUGUAGAGAAGUACAGAGGGUAACCGCCCCUACGCUAAAAAUAGGCGCGGCCCAGAGUGCGCAGUGGUUGGCCAGAGUGCAACUCUGGCGGCGCAGUGCACUUGUGCUACCCAUUACGGUUAGCCAACCUUCACCACAUUUGCUGCAAAAAAUGUAAAUAUGUCGAGUCCCAAUAGUGCGGAAGUAUCAGGUUCCCCAUCCCCAGCUCCCAGUAGCAUUGGUAACAACGCCCCUAAAUAUGGAACAUUGGUCCCUAACAGAGUAUUUGUUGGCGGCAUAUCAGCCAGCACAACAGAGCAGGAUUUGUUGGAGUUAUUUUCACAAUAUGGGGCUGUCAAGGCCACGAAGAUCAUCAGUGACCGGGCAGGGGUAUCUAAGGGCUAUGGAUUCGUCACUUUUGAAACAGAAGAGGAAGCUAGGAGACUUACACAAGAGGCUGAUAACAUAAUGCUUAAAGACAGAAAAUUAAAUAUUGCACCUGCGAUCAAGAAACAAGUCAGUGAUGUUGGAUAUAUGAAGACCUACUCCCCUCACUUAAUAGAGAGCAGCAGUAAUGUUAUGGGUUCUGGUGGGACGGUGUUUUAUAGUAAUGGAACAACAUAUGCAACGUAUGGGAACACAGUGCCUGUUUUGGCCCCAACAGAAUACCAUGCAACAUUCCCUCAAGCUCCAGCAGCACCUACAACGCCUACAGCUUAUCCAUCUCUUGUGUAUCCUCAGCCAGUGUAUUACCCACACCAAUACCAGUACCAGCCCACACAAACUGUUCAACCACAGUGGGGAGCUGCUUCGCAAUGGAGAUGGAUGAGCCCAAUAUCUUACGCUCAACCUGAGUGUGGUCCCCAGCAGUGUUUGGUAGAGGCCAGCAGCCCAGCACAGGGGGAACUCGCCACAGCUUCUGCUCCAGGAAGCUCACCCCUCACCUCCACUCCUAUCACCCUGGCCUGCCCCUCCACACCCACUACCGCUACUACCACCACCGCUGUUUGUACUGCAGUCACUACUACCUCCUCCACUUCCGCUAAAACUACAGCUACUUCUACCUCCACUGUCACUAAAACCGUUAAAACACAUGACUCACUGCUGCAGAUAAAGCCUCUUUCUGUGGCUACAAAAUGCACAUCAACAAGUGGGAAGUCUAAAUGCAUUCCCACAGUUGUCCCAAAGACCACCCUGCCAUUGGACAAGAAUAACAAUGCAGUUGAGGUAAGAUACUAAUUAUUAACAGAUCAUAGAAAUUUGUUUACAGUUGUCCCAUAAUUGAUAGUGACUGGCAAAAAUCUUUGCAUUUUUGUAUAGCACAUCUUGCAUUUAGUCAAUUAUUCUUAUAGUUAAUGUUGAUUAUUAGUCUAAAAGAUCCUUGCAUAUUUCUUAGGUGCUUUAAUUAAGAGUAACCCCGUAAUUUAGGAGUUGUUAAUACAUUAAAUUAUUGCCUAAAGAGAAAAGUCAAUUUUAAAUGAAGCAGGAUGGAUUAUACACGAGUUCUUCACAUUGCUUUUUUGGUGUAUUGUUUAAAUGUCGUCCCAUUUUUAUCACAUUCCUUCAGUCAAAACUCCAGUCCUUAAUUUUAACACUUAUCAUAUGCCAAUUAGGCCAUUAGUGACCCAAAGAAAACAUUUGCCACAAUUUGCUCCCUGAAAGGGCACAUUCUUCAGUCCCAAUGAUUGCACACAGAAUGGCAACAUUCCUGCCCAACUUUAAACAACUAUAAUGCAUAGUCCUUUAUUAAGUUUCUUACAUCACUUUCAAAUUUUUUAUACAAGUGACCACAUCAUUGCUAAUGUGAUAUUAGAAUACCAGAUAUGUAAUUUGUGUUGGAGCCAUUGUAUUAGAAAUGAUGCAUAGUGUAAUGAAAAAUUUAGUGUUAGUGUAAGCAAUGAGAGGUAUAUUUAGGAUGGUGCAGUAACAAUAAAUUGGUUGCCAAUGAGUGGAAACUUUUUUUUCCAGUAAAACAGUUCAUGGUGUUUAUCAGAGAGCCAAGGGUAGUUUAUUUCAGUAACUUUUGGUCCUUUAUUUUGAAUGAGAAUCUUCUUUCUAAAGGGAGUAGCUAAAAAAAAAAAAAAAAAAAAAAAAAACUGACAUUCUGAGAAACUAGUGUGUGGAAUGUUCCAUGCCAUAAUGUGUGGGCAUGUGUGGAAUUAAAUGGGAGCAGAUGCAGAAGUCUGUGGAUGAACAGUAUUUUGCUAUGAUUAAGGAUUUUGGAGUAGAGCUAGAGAGGUACAGAAAGUAGUGAAUGAGUUCUGUACAGUGUACUCAAGGGUGGAUGUUGGUAAUACUGAGGUGAUGGUUUUUGAAAGGCAGGAGAAUAUUGGAUUUGAUUUUACUUCUUUAGAAUAACCAGCCAUUGUGUUGGAAUGUAAGAUAGAAACAGCUGGAGAAUAAACAAAAUAAAUAGUAUUCACAACUGCAAGAUGAGCUUAACUAGACCAAUUAUAAAUAUUUUUUUAAAUUAACCUAAUUAUAUUGGUAAAAGAUGUUCAUCAAAAUAACACUAGCCAACAAAAUUCAGUUUUUUAUCCAAUUCAGAAACAAAUUAGUUGGUGUUUUGCUAACUUUGAUGGGCUGAUCAUGAUCUGAGCUUGACUAGGCUCUCGUGAAAUGUUUUUUGAAAUCUUGCAAACAAUAUUUUGGCUAUUUGAGCUUAAAACCACAUACGUUACAAUUGUAGGUAUUAUGCGUAGAUAUAAAGAUAUUAAUGGGGAAUCAAAUACAAAAUGGGAGUUGACACAAUUAAUUUUUGCUGAUGAUACUGUGCUUUUUAAAGAUUCUAAAGAGAAGCUACAAAGGUUAGUGGAAGAGUUUGAGAAGGUGUGCAAAGGAAGCAAGUUGAAAGUGAACAUUGAUACCCUCAUCACCUUACUCUAUAUAAUGAGUUAAGAAAAUUUGGAUAUAACAUUGGAGGAAGGGAGUAAGUAAGGAAGAAGUGAAAGUGUUCAGAUAUUUGGGAGUAGACUUGUCAGCUGAUGGGUUUAUAAAGGAUGAGGUUAACCAUGGAAUUGAUGAAGGAAAAAAGGUGUGUGGUGCAUUGAGGUAUCUGGAGACAAAAAUGUUAUCCAUAGAGGCAAAGAAGGAAAUUUGAGAUGAUAGUGGUACCAACACACUUUUAUGGGUGUGAAGCAUGGAUUGUAAAUGCUGCAGCAAGGAGGCUGGAGGCAGUGGAGAUGUAGUAUCUAAGGGCAAUGUGUGGUGUAAAUAUUAUGCAGAGAAUUUGUAUUGUGGAAAUUAGGUGGUGUGGAGUUACUAAAAUUAUUAUUCAGAGGGCUGAAGAGGGAUUGUUGAGGUGGUUUGGUCAUUUAGAGAGGAUGGAGCAAAAUAGGAUGAUUUGUAGGGUGUAUAAAUGUGUAGUGGAAGGGAGGAGGCAUAGGGGUCAUCCUAGGAAAGGAUGGAGGGAGGGGGUAAAAAAGGUUUUGUUUGCAAGGGACUUGGACAUGCAGCAGGCUUAUAUAUGUGUGUGUACGUACUCGCCUAAUUGUGGUUGCAGGGAUCAAGACUUGGCUCCUGGCCCCACCUCUUUGCUCGUCGCUACUAGGUCCUCUCUCUCUCUCCUAGCUCCAUGAGCUAUAUCAUACUUCAUCUUAAAACUAUGUAUGGUUCCUGCCUCCACUACAUCACUUGCCAUACUAUUCCACUUCCUAACAACUCUGUGGCUGAAGAAAUACUUCAUAACAUCCCUUUGACUCAUCUGAGUCUUCAGCUUACAAUUGUGACCCCUUGUGUCUGUGUCCGUGUCCCCUCUCUGGAGCAUCCUGUCUCUGUCCACCUUAUCUAUUCCUCGCAGUAUUUUGCAUGUUGUGUGUGUGUGUUUUAGAUAGGAGUGAAUGGAGAUGGAUAUGUUUUUUGGGACCUGACAAGCUGUUGGAGUGUGAGCAGGGUAAUGUUUUGUAAAGGGAUUCAGGGAAACUGGUUAGCUGGACUUGAGUUCUAGAGGUAGGAAGUACAAUGCCAGCACUUUAAAGGAGGGGUUUGAGAUAUUGGAUGUUUGGAGUGGCAUCUAAACAUGUCGUAUCUGAGCGUCUCUGCAAAGACAGUGAUUUGUGUGUGACUGUUGGUGAAUAUGUUGAAUGUUGUUGAUAGUUGCUUUCAUGGGUCACCCUGCCUUGGUGGGAGACGGCCGACAUGUUGAAAUAAGAUUAAGUGUGGUACGUGCAGUGACAAAAACUAAUCUUUAAUAUAAAUUCAUCAUAUGCUUAGCAAAAGUAACAAAUUUCCAUACAAUUAUACAGACAUAUUUACACUACAGUUUACAGGCUUUAUUAAAACCCUUUGUUCAGUAUUGCUCUCCUGCACCAGUGUCCAGCAGUGGUCAGUCAUCAAACUGAUCAUUGGGUUUCCCCGAUAUCUAUUCUCUAUAUCUUGGUGAAAUUGUUCACCUUGAGGUUCUGUUUCACAAACUGUGUUGGAGCAAAAAUAAGUUCCAUUUUGAAUUCAGCAUCCCAAAUUUAGUUAGAAACACACAUUAUUCAAUGUCAGUUGAAACCAUUGUCAAAAAACAAAAAGGCACAAUAACAUGACUGGAACAAUACACAUAUAGCCCACACUUGGGAGAGAGAGGCUUACGAUGAUGUUUCAGUCCUACUUGGACCAUUUUAGUCAGUGUGAUUUUGUAAAUGGUCCGAGUUAGACCAAAAUGUCAUCAUAAGCUUCUCUCUCUCCUAUGCAGGUUAUUUGUGUAUUGAAACUAUUGUUGGCCAGUGUAGUCAAUGUUACCUUUUUGUGCAUUAGAUAAGCAUUACCAGUAUUCCAUCCAGCUUACCUCUUGAGUUUGAAAUAUAAUUUUAAAUCAGUAUCUUAAGAAAAACUUAUCAGGCAAAAAGGAAAUACAAAAUGGAUUGAGCAUUGUGUUUCUCACCUAUGAAGUGGUUAAGUAGAGUGCUUAUUUGAGAUAAUAAAUAAGAGCAUUUAGAAGAUAGAACACUUGGUUUCACAAUUAUUUAUACACUGGAUAGUAUCAUGGAAAACUAUUUUUAUGUACUGCAACACUAGUAAAAUAGCACAGCAGUCAUAAGCUAGUUAUAAUGUGCUUGUUGAAAUACAGUACAAAGCACCAAAUAAUGCUGGAGCAUUGUAACAUGUUUGAUCCAUAUGUUGUGCUUACAAACUGUAGAGAAGAAAGACAUGUAAAGAUCAAGCCUUUAUUGGAACAACAGAGGAAAUUGUUGUCAAUAAAAGCUUGUUUUGAAAA